AUGGCGACUAUCACAGAAACAACCACAAGUGUGGACGUUCAGUUGUCGCAAAACCAAGAUAUCGCGACUCGCCUGUUGAAUGGCACUUUUCAUGCAAGCCACCCUCCGUUUGAACAAUUCGCAACUAUUGAUGGCCUGGUCAAGUCGCAUGCUGCUCAGCCUGAUGAAUCAAAGGUCCCACUGAUCUGCUAUCCGAUCCGGGGUGCCGCUGACUUUGAAGAACACACGGCUGGCGAUAUUGACCGGUAUACCGAUGUCGUUGCUCGAUAUUAUAUGGAACGGGGUCUUCGACCUGCUGAUCCCAAUCUGGAAGAGGCACCCGUUGUUGCGAUCCUUGUUGGUUCCAGCUUCGAGGUAAUUCUCACUAUGUUCGCAUUGAACCGUCUCGGAUAUGCUGUGCUCUUCCUAUCAACACGCCUCACAGCACCAGCAUAUGUACGUUUGCUUGAGAUGGCAAACUGCAAACAAUUGGUCAUUGCCAAACAGUUUGAGCAGACAGUACAGGAUAUCUGCCAGGAGCGACCUGGCUGCAGCAGCUACCACAUCCUCCAGCGAGGAGACUGGUUCAACCGUCAACCUAGCUCGCCACGUUUUGCACGAGCUAAUGUCGAUCCAUCUCGAGAGGGAAAGAAGAUUGCCUGGAUUCUCCACUCCUCUGGCAGCACCGGUCACCCCAAGCCAAUCUUCCUCACCAACCUCCAGACCCUAGCCAAUUGGCGGAAGAGCUUUGGUUUCCGGUUCUUCACGGCUAGCCCCCUGUUCCAUUCUUUUGCUCUCAUGGAGCUUGGUCGUGCAUUUUAUACUCGAGCAACGACAUAUUUCGGCAAUCAUUCGCUUCCCACCACAUAUCAAAAUCUGUAUGAUGCUCUUCAGGUGGCACAGCCUGAGCAGUUCAGCGCCGUCCCAUAUGUCAUCAAACUGCUGGCUGAGAAGCCCGAGGGCAUCAAAGUGCUAGCCAAGCCUCAGAUCGUCCUAUUUGGAGGAUCGAGCUGUCCAGACGAUCUGGGUGAUCGCCUCGUCGCUCAAGGCGUCAAUUUGGUGGCAAAUUACGGAGCCACCGAAACCGGUCAGAUUAUGACCUCCUUCCGAUCUCCAGGCGAUAAUGAAUGGCAAUAUAUGAGACUCCAUCGUCCUGUGACUGACUUCACACUAAUGGACGAGAUCUCGCCAGGAGUCUUCGAGUGUGUUGCGCUGAACGGAUUACCCAGCAAGGGACCCUCGAACUCGAAGCCGCCGUUCAGUGAAAAGAACCCCGAGAAUAGUUUCCGGACAGCCGAUCUAUUCACUCGGCAUCCCGAUCCUGAGAAGAGCAACUACUACAAGUACCUUUCUCGACUGGACGACCGAAUCACCCUUGUCAAUGGCGAGAAAGUGCUGCCUAUUCCUAUCGAGGGUCGUAUUCGAGAGGAGGCGCUUGUGCGAGAAUGUGUUGUCUUCGGUUUUCAACGAACUGUACCUGGAGCUCUGAUCUUCCGUGCGGCAGACAAGGCAACCGAACUGAACGAUGAGGAAUUUUUGGAUGCCAUUUGGCCUGCUGUGGAGGCAGCAAAUUCCAGGGCCGAGACUUUCUCUCGCAUCCCAAGGGAGUUGAUCGUGGUCAAGGGUGCCGAUGUCCCCUACGCCGGGACAGACAAAGGAACCUUUAUCCGGGCUCAAGUUUAUCAGCAAUUUGCCCAGGAUAUUGAGACGGCCUAUGCCAACUUUGGUGGAAAUGGGAAGAAGGGCGAGCUCGCGCUAAGUGUCCGCGAGUUGGAGGAUUGGCUGCUGGCACGAUUCCGCGAGGAUCUUGAUGUUACGUUGUCAAGUGCAGAUUCCGACAUUUUCUCUGCCGGCGUCGACAGUUUGCAGACGACCCAGAUCUGGAGAUACAUUGUACGUGAUCUAGAUCUUGGAGAGAGUGAAGACGAAUUGAGUCAAAACAUUGUUUUCGAGAAGGGCACAGUCAGUGCUCUCGCAAAGCACCUCUACCAGAUGCGCACUGGACAGGAGUUCGAGGCCGAAGAUGAGGUGCAAAUCAUGGAGGAAAUGAUCGAGAAAUACUCGCACUUUACUCAACAUCACCCCACUAUCUCUCAGCAACCCGAAAAGGAGGUCGUGAUCGUUACAGGUGCGACUGGCAACCUUGGAGCUUUCAUCGUCGCUGAAGUCCUGAAGCGACCCAACGUUUCCGAAGUUUGGGCUCUCGUACGAGCUUCUGGACAAGCAGCAGCAGGUGCUCGUCUCUGGAAAGCAUUGGCUGACCGUAAAAUCAGUCUCACCGAUGAUGAGGCCGCUAAACUUCGCGCUAUCCCCAGCAAUCUCUCGCAAGCCAAUCUAGGCCUGGAUAAUUAUGUCCUCGAGCACCUGCUGUCAUCAUUGACAUGUGUGAUUCACAGUGCCUGGGCCGUCAACUUCAACCUUGGCGUACGAUCAUUCGAGCAGCAACACAUCCGCGGAACAUAUAACCUCAUCAACUUUUGUCUCCGAUCCAAGCUACCAAACCCAGCUCAAUUCUUCUUCUGCUCGAGUGUCAGCACAGCCAGCGGUACCCCCAAGCCCGCCUCAAUUGCCGAGACUGCAAUUGAAAACUUGAACCAUGCACAGAAAAUGGGCUAUGGCCGCUCAAAGCUGGUCACCGAGCACAUCACCCGGAACGCCAUGCGGCAAACUGGCAUGCAAUCGAGAGUUCUUAGAAUUGGACAACUUGGCGGCGAUACCAUCAGCGCUCAGUGGAACGAUACCGAGGCCGUCGCUCUCAUGUUCCGCAGUGCUUUGACGACGGGUGCUCUCCCUGAACUCCCAGAGAGCCCGACCUGGCUGCCGGUUGACCAAUGUGCGCAGGCUGUUGCGGACCUCGCUAUGAAGGGAGCGGCCGCAAGCCAGGAGUUGGACUUGGUGUACCACUUAGUCAAUCCUAAGUCCUUCAGUUGGAAGGACGACUUGCUUCCCGCAUUGAAGAAGGGCUCAGCUCUACCUGAGUUUGAGGUUGUUUCGCCACAGGAGUGGCUUCAGCGAUUAGCUUCCAGCGAGCAAGAUCCAGAGAAGAACCCGAGUAUCAAGCUUAUUGACUUCUGGCGUGGCAAGUAUGGAGGACUUAGUCAAGCGCAAAUUAAUGGCUCUGCUCAACCGCAGAAACCGGCGGGUCUUGACUUUGAGACUGAUCGCACUGUUCAAGACUGUCCGUCCUUGGGUCUUGUGAAGGAUCCCGUUGCCGAGGGUUUGAUACACAGAUAUAUUGAAUCCUGGAUGCAGCGAUGGACCAAGUAA